AUGGCGUCGACAGUUGGCUGGGCCAUUACCGAACUGCUCAGGCGAGACGCAGUCGAUGCAGACCCCGAUGGUAUGGUCGUUGGCCUCAUACUACGGCUCACCGCUGUGGCAUCUGUCCGAGAUGUAGUCAGCUUUGACUAUCAGAUGUUCUUCAACCUCUUACUCCCUCCAAUCAUUCUUUCCGCAGGCUACGAACUGCAUCAAGGGAACUUCUUUCGACACAUUGGGACUAUCCUUACCUUUGCCUUCGCUGGCACCUUCAUCUCGGCUCUGGUUCUAGGCCUCAUUCUCUUCCUAUGGACCAGAAUUCCUCUCGAUGGCUUCAAGAUCAAUUUCGUCGAAGCCAUGUCUGUUGGCGCCACCCUAUCGGCCACGGAUCCCGUGACCAUCCUUGCCAUCUUCAACACCUACAAAGUGGAGCCCAAGCUGUACACUCUGAUCUUUGGCGAGUCCAUUCUAAAUGACGCAGUUGCUAUCGUCUUGUUCGAGACCGCUCAGAGGUACAAAGACAGCGCAGAAACACUUGGCAUUGUCAGUCUUUUCGAAGCCUUUGGUAUCUUCUUUGGUGUCUUCUUUGGGAGCUUGUUCAUUGGUGUUGCAGUGGGAAUUGCUGUCUCGUUGAUGCUCAAGUUCACCUAUGUGAGACGCAUUCCUAAGACGGAGAGCUGUCUGAUCAUCUUGACUGCAUACUUGACCUACUUCAUGUCCAACGCUAUCCACAUGUCCGGCAUUGUCUCGUUGCUGUUCUGUGGUAUAUGCAUGAAGCAUUAUGCGUACCACAACAUGUCUCGACGGACCCAACUCACAACAAAGUCUGUCACUGUUUACGGACGAUAA